UCUGGACGAGAGUGUUCUUGAAAGAACCUCGGGUGCCGGGUAUUUUAACUCUGAUUGCAUCAACCCCCGUCUGUUAACUACACAGGUGCACGAACCUCAGAACUACUCCCUAUCAGGGCUCGAUCAGUUCACUGAAGAGACCUUAGCCGAAAACUCGCAACCGCAACUAUCUCUAAACUCCCUCCCUUACGGCGUACAACAACCCUCCCCCACCCCCACUUCAAGUACACGAGCCCAUAGCAAGGCCAAUGACACGAGCAUGGAAGCCUACCCGAGCCCAUCCUCAUUGCCGUCUCUGGGUCAAUUCACUCCUCAACCAGCAAGCCCACCUGACACUAGUCAAGUCUCAAUAGACGCUCCAGACGGCAAAAUGGUCAUCGAGUCCGCACCGACGAGCUUCGUGUGUAAAACUUGCACGAAGUCUUUUCCGACUAUGUUGCGCUACCGCCAACAUGUGAAUCGACACAGCUGCCAAGCGCCGUCCGAAUGCAAACAAUGCGGACAGUCGAUCAAGCACGCGAAGGACCUCAAACGUCACCUAGGCUCUAGCAAGGCAUCGCCUUCAUGUCCCGCCCUUAAGAACGCUAGUCCUCAGGGCAAGCACUUUGCGUGCAUUUGCAGCUCCAAGACUUACACGCGCAAGGACUCUCUCAUACGUCACUUACGAACGUCCGCUACGGGGAAACAUCGCUGUAGGACUUGCGGUAACCGCCCUUGUACCUGCUCGUAAGACAACUUACGUUAUGCGCCACACCUUACCACUCUCUCUACAUUCUCUUAUAGCGAUAUUUGCGACUGCGAGUCGAAGCGAAUCUGUAUUUUGAGAUUACGGAUCGCACUCCACAUAAUUGAAGGAGUUCCAAUCAUCACUCAGGACACUUCUGUCGAUCGAACGGAUCAC